AUGACGCCGCCGUGUCACACCUUUCCAGCUUCUCAGUUGCCGCUGGAGAUUCAGAUCAACCUCGAUGGAAAGAAGCGCAAGACCGAAAAGGGUAAAGAUAUCGACCUCAGGGCUUGCGAGCUGUUGAGUCUGCUGCAGUACAGCUGUCAGGUUGACCACCCCAACCAGCGAGACAGCCGCGUACGGUGCUACCCAGUUGAAAGAUGGUUCAGGAGAUGUAAUGACAAAAAGGGCACUUUUAUGGUCGAGACAACGGCCUGGGAAAGCCAGGAAACCCCCACCGCCACACCGACAGACGCUCAAGCUAAGCACAGAACCACAACCCACUGGCAUGAUGGCAACAAGACCGAUUAUUUCCCUUCAGACUGA